AUGGUACGCCGUCUACCACCCGAUCUGCUGCAAACUUAUAAUAAAUUAAUCGAAGAUCAGAAAAUGCGUGACUUCAUAGAAGAAGUGAUUGACGAUGACAAUUCAUACGGACAUUACUUGCCCCAUCGUUCAGUCAAAAAAGAUUCGAAGACAACGCCCAUUAGAAUCGUUUACGAUUGCAGCUGUCGACAGUCAAUCGAUGCACCCAGUCUUAACGACUGUUUGCAAACCGGACCACCUCUACUCAAUGAUCUGUCCGCAAUACUUCUCAGAUUUCGACUUAAUGAUAUCGCACUGACAAGUGACAUCGAAAAGGCGUUUCUGAAUAUUCGACUCAACAAAGAAGAUCGCGAAUUCACCAAAUUCCUUUGGUUGUCCAACCCAUCCGAUGUAGAAAGCGCUUUGAAAGUUUAUCGCUUCAAGGUAGUGUUAUUUGGCGCAGUGUGUUCACCGUUUAUUUUAAAUGCAGUUGUGAAAACACAUUUAGAAUCCAACGCAUCAAUUCAUACUUCAUCCGAUCUCGAAGAAAAUAUAUACGUUGACAACAUUGUUAGUGGAACCACUACCCAAGCCGAAGCGCUGGAUUAUUACAAUGAGGCAAACAGCUUAAUGAAAUCGGGUGGAUUCAACCUACGAUCGUGGUCAUCCAACUCAGAAAAACUUCGCGCUGUUUCGGCCAGUGACGGAACUUUGAAUCCCGACAACAAUGUUAAUGUUCUUGGAAUUCGCUGGCUCGUUAAUACCGAUCAAAUUACCUACAAUAAGAAAGACAGUGCACGUAUACAAAACAAGUCGGUAAUUACGAAACGAAAGGUCGUACAAGACACUGUAAGUUUAUACGAUCCGCUUGGAUAUUUAACGCCCGUUGUCAUGGGAGCGAAUUUGUUUAUACAGAAACUGUAG